CAGAGUUGUGUGGCGCAUCGACACACGGCUUUUGCCAUCGUCGAUGUUCAUCUUCCUGCUCUGCUUCUUGGACCGCUCAAAUAUCGGAAACGCAAGAGUCCUCAACAGUGACAUAGAUGACUCCCUGGCACAAACAACUCGGAUCUCAAACCAGCAAUAUUUAGUCGUCUUUCUGAUCUUCAUCGUUUCCAGCACGCUAUUUGAUGUCCCUUCAAACUAUAUGCUGCACAAAUUUCGCCCAAGUCGCUGGAUCGCAUGCUUGAUGCUAGGAUGGGGAUUGAUGACGAUGGUCCUGGGAGCCGCGAAGAACUUUGUCGCGCUCGUCUGUAUCCGCUUCCUUCUCGGAGCCUUCGAAGCGGGCCUGUUUCCUGGUAUCGUAUACUGCUUGACGUUUUGGUACAAGCAAGACGAGCGAGCUCUCAGAGUGGCGUUCAUUGUAGGCUGCGCGACGCUAGGUAAAGCUCUUGGCUGAAUUCGAAGCA